ANCGCUCUCACUCCCAUUUCCUCUCCCAUCUCUGUGCCUCGCUUCCGCCAUGUUCGCCGAAUCGGUUUCUUCCACUCUCUCCAUAUGGACCUCCGUCAACAGUUGGUUCACUCCCACUGUUCUCUUCGUCGUCCUCAACCUUGUGAUCGGCACCAUUGCUAUUGCAUCCAACUUAGGCGGCCCUCAAGGACCUACUCAACGCCGUCCUUCCGACCCUGACCAUCCUCAGUAUCUCCAGAGAUCUCCUUCUAUGCUUCAGAGGCUGAAAUCGAUUAAUCUUUAUGCUUAUAGAUCCGAAGAGCCGGCGACUGUGUUCGAGAAACCGCCUGAAACCGACACUCGUUACGCUAAUUUCGAGCAUCCGCAACUGGUUAGAUCUCCUUCUGUACUUCAGCGGCUUAAGUUUAGUUUCUCAGGCUACAAACCGGAGGAGUCUUUCCAAUCUCCGCCGCCGGAAACUGUAUUCGAUAAAUCGCCUGGAAUCGACACUCAUUACGGUAAUUUCGAACAUCCGCAACUGGUUAGAUCUCCUUCUAUGCUUCAGCGGCUCAAGUUUAACUUCUAUGGCUCUAAAUCCGAGGAGUCUUUCGAAUCUCCGCCUCCGUCUGUUCCUGCGGUUCAGAAAAUCGAGGAUGUCCAGAUCCGUCGGAGGGAGGAUGAGUCGAAACGAGUGGAGGAAGAGGAGGAUGAAGAUGACGAACAGUCUAUGGAAGAGGUUUACAGCAAACUCCAUGGCGAUCACUUCACGAGGACGAAAUCCGACACGAUGCCGAGUGCGGGUGAGUUUCCGACGAAAUUAGCAAGGAAGAUGAAGAAAUCGGCGAGUUCGAAAUCUGCAUUCUCGCAUUUCGAAGCGGAUGAAAUCGUGGAGAGUCGCCGUCCAGCGACAGUGAAAGAAGGAAAAGAGAAAAUGACGGAAAUAGACGACGAAGUGGACGCUAAGGCGGACGACUUCAUCAACAAAUUCAAGCAACAGUUGAAGUUGCAGAGGCUGGAAUCCAUACUCAAGUACAAGGAGAUUGUCGGCAGAGGGAAUGCGAAAUAGGCAAGGUAAAUAAAAGUAAUUUUCAAUUGUCUUGGGGUGAGAUUUCUAAUUUUUUAUAUUCUCAAGGAUUAGUUUGAAAUUUCAAGUUUUAUAAAAUGGACUCCACCACCUAAAGCCUACAAGAAAAAGAAAAGAAAAGAAAAGAAAAGAAAAGCAGAUCUAGCGUUGUUUUUAUUUCCCUCUUUGUAACUUUUAUUUCCGGAAUUAUUUUCUUUAAUGUCCUUCACCUAUUUUCAA